UGUAUUGAAUAUUAAGCGCUUCCUGAUUAUUACUGACCCGCUAAGCCAAUUUAAGCACCUCCACUCUGAAAGCAAUCAAUUUAAAACACCAAGUAUUUAACCAUAAUGUUGCAACCACUGCACAGAUUGUGUCGGGGACACACUCGUUACCUUAGCACCAGCCUCGCGACGCCUCAAUCAUUCAGGAAAUGGUACCAGCAGCUGUGGACAACCAAGCGAACAAAUCUGCCACCCUACAAUCACUUCACACAGGUCGGGGAUCCCGUGCUGCGAGACAAAGCGGCGGAGGUGCCGGCUGAUUAUGUGAACAGCAAGGAAAUCCAUGCAAUUAUUGAUCAAAUGGUAAAUGUGCUGCGUAAAUAUGACUGUGUUGGAAUUGCGGCGCCCCAAAUUGGUGUCUCCUUGCGGAUUAUUGCCAUGGAAUUCAAACAGGGCAUCAAAAAGGACCUUUCCGAGGCAACGUACAAAGCGCGCCAAAUGUCCGAGCUACCCUUGACUGUGAUGAUUAAUCCUCAACUGGCUGUGACCGAUUAUACCAAGCACAAACAUCCCGAGGGCUGCAUGAGUGUACGCGGCUUCUCCGCAGAAGUGGAACGCUAUGCGGCUGUCAAGCUGACCGGACUGAAUAGAGAAGGAUCUGCCACCGAACUGGAGCUGAGCGGUUGGAAUGCAAGAAUUGCACAGCAUGAAAUGGAACAUUUGGAUGGCAAGCUGUACACCGAUCACAUGGAUAGGUCAACGUUUAUGUGCACCUGCUGGGAGACUGUGAACACCAAAUCGGGACGUGUUGAAAUACCAUUUUACAAAUAAUUUAUGCAAAUAUUUAUGUUACUUUGCUAAGUCGAGGGCCAAGAAUUUGUUUAUACGAGUAGAACGGAAAUGGAAUGGUUAAUUUGUUGACAA